AUGAAUAUUUUUGAAUCAUCACUUAGCGAGUUAAACUAUAGCAGCACACACCACCAUUCAGAUACAUCUUCUUCCUCAGAAAUAAACUCCUCAAACAGUAAUAAUGCAAAAACGUUUUUGGCAAAUGAGAGACCAAAGAGGCGAACAGGUAGAAGAGUAUUCAAAGAGACAAGGCACCCUGUGUACCGAGGAGUACGAAAGAGGAACAAUAACAAGUGGGUUUGUGAGAUGCGAGUUCCUAACCGUAACAAAUGCAGCAAGUCGAGGAUUUGGCUUGGAACAUAUCCUACACCUGAAAUGGCUGCACGUGCACACGAUGUUGCUGCACUCGUUCUUAAGGGAAAAUCAGCUUGUCUUAAUUUUGCUGACUCCGCAUGGCGGUUGAGGUUGCCGGAGUCAAAUGAUGCAGAGGAGAUAAGGAAAGCUGCGACGGAAGCUGCUGAGUUGUUUGCUGUUGAAGACAACAAUCAGUGUGAGGUUAGUGUUGGUGAUGGAGUGGUCAUGGAAGAUUCGAAUGAUAAACAUGUUAUGAUCAAACAAGUUCCGACGGAAUUUGAAGACAUGCAUGAUAUGCUUUUGAGUAUUGCAAAUGAGCCUUUACGUUCCCCUUCUCCUUCCAUCACAGAUUAUGCCACUAACUGGUGUCACAUGGACAUGUUUGACACUCAAGUUUCAUCAUUGUGGGACUUCUCCAAUUUUUUUAGUUGA